AUAAAAAAUAUAUAAAUUGAUAAAAAUAGUAAUUUUGAAAUUUUUUUUUUUUUUUGACAAAUGAAAUUAUAUUUAUUGAACGAUACAAAAUAAGAGAAAUUUUUCUAAGGAAAACUGGAUAUGGGGUUGGCCCCGAAUGCAUUUCAUUAAUGGCAUAACAAAAAUAACAAUUGUUUGAUGUCAUGGCGCAUUAAUUGGUGCCAAAAAAGAGUCCAAACUAUCCAACUAUUGAAAAAUUGAAAGUUCGUAUGAAACGUAAUUUUUACGCAAUAUAACUUAUCUCGUCUCAACCAAGAACAUUAUAAGAGAUUCUCUAUAACUCCCCAUCAUUCAAAUUUAAAUACAUCAUCAACAAUCUCGUCCAUUUUUCAGAUUAUCAUUAUCUACGUGAUAAAAUCCAUUAAACCCUUAGAAAAAAUUCAAAUGGUGAAAAUAUUUGCAAUUGUAGAACACUAUUUCAACAAGUUGAAUUUACCUCGUCCGGGUCAUUGUUUGAGAUUACUCUUCUUCACCGCUACUGAUCUUGAAAACUUUGUAUUCAUAUAUGGGGUCCGAUAUAUUAUAAUUGAUGAGCUUGAUGUUAAACUUCAAACUUCACUCAUAGGAUUUGAAGGGGUGGAGGUCUUCUACGUGAUAAAAUCCAUAAACCCUAAAAAAAUUCAAAUGGUAAAAAUAUUUGCAAUUGUAGCACACUAUUUCAAGAAGUUGAAUUUACCUCGUUCGGGUCAUUGUUUGAGAUUACUCUUCUUCAUCGUUACUGAUCUUGAAAACUUUGUAUUCACAUAUGGGGUCCGAUAUAUUAUAAUUGAUGAGCUUGAUGUUAAACUUCAACUUCACUCAUACGAUUUGAAGGGGUGGAGGUCUUCUCAUUCUGUCAUUAUCUUGGGAUAGCUUCUUGGUAGGCAUUUCAAAAAAUGUAACUCCUUGAACAAAGUCAAAUUCAACAGUUUUGUCCACAUAACUUAGAACAGGAUACUGAAUUAAUAAAAUGGCAGCAAUUUAUAUAUAAUAUUAGUCUAAACUGUGUAUUUUUUAGUGGGUACGAUGUUCUUUUCACGAAUGCAUGAAUUUGAAGUUAAAAGAAUGGAAGAGUGGAAAUAUUGUUAACCAGCGGCGACAUGAUUGUCAUAGUAUUUAUAAAAAAUUGACAUGUUUCAACAAAUCAUAUUAUUUACCCAAAAAAAUCUAAAACUCAAGAAAUAUAGUCCAUUGAAAAUUAUUGAGAGAUCGAAAAGAUUCUUAGUUCCACAGCUUGAGAUCCGUGCUAACUUUCAAUAGAUAAGAUUAUAUAGAGAAACCCUAACUCCAAUUCGUAAUUUUGAAAAUUUGCAUGGAUUAUAUAUUCUGUAAAUAUUUGAGAGCAUUUGAACAUGAAUGACUUGUUAAAUUGAAACUGAGUUUUAUCAAAAAGCAGGUCGUCAGAGAUGCUCUCCUGGCUCCCAGCUGUUGCAUCUAUUAUUGGGAGUCGCACAUCUACCCGACGGAGUCGUUGAUGGAUGAAACGAAGAAGACAAACUAAGAUUUUGAUGGGAUUCGACGAGGAAAGAUUGAGUUUUUAUUUUUAAUUUAAUUUAUAUUGUGUUUUGUUGGAUUACCUUUUCGUCCUUGUUGUUAUACUUUCCGCACUAUGAGAAAAGAAAGAAAAACAAAAAUAAAAAGGGGGUCGGGGAGAUUAUAGAUUAGGUGGUUGACGGAAGAACUGAAUCGUUAGAUGAUAAAAGGUAUAUGAUUAUCACGGUAAAAUGUAAACAAAGCAAUUUGUUAACAAUCCCAAAAUGUAAGUGUUGUUUAUGCCAUUGACGCACAUAUGUAUGAUUUGGAAUGACAUUUGCCAUUUUACGUUCAAGACCUCGACGCCGUCGUUUCCCCGUCCCUCCGAUUGCCCAUUUGCCCGUCUAGCCGUCCUUCUUCGUACGGUUCGGGGCGGGGAAGCGUUUUGCUUGCGUGCGUUCUCUCAAUCUCUUACUCCAGUCGGCUCCCUCCCUUUCCCCCGGUUCUUUGCAGUCGUGUUGCUUCUGUUCACUGUUUUUAAACCCUAACUUCUCUCCAGGUCCACUCCAGCAGUUGCAAGAGUUUCGAACUCCAAUGGUGCUGGUCAGGUACUCUCCCUUGCCUUUUCGCCUCUUCCAGCUUCCACCCCCGCGAAUCCAUAGAUGCAAUCACUGCCCUGAUUUCUUCGUCAUCUCUGAAUUUCACUGGAAUUAACACUUGAGAAUCGCUGCCCUCUCUGCCGUGUGCCAAACUGACAAUGCUUCUUCUGCUUAAUUCUCUCCUCAUUGCAUCAACCGAUGCUUCGAUCUUUCAUCGCGCCCACGCUUUUUUCUUGUCACCCACUGUCGUGGCGUUGGACGUUUGGUUCGGUAGUUCGCACUUCGCAGGCAAUUUGGUUUUUCAAAGCGAGGGUCUUCUCUCUUCUUCUCGAGUCCUUUGCAUGGUUGAUUUCGUCUCCCCUUUCUGUCUCUCCGUUCGGUUUAUUUAGGGGUUUCAAUCAAUCAAUUGUACUCCGUGAUGCUUCCUCAUCAUUUGCCUGGUUGGUCUGUUCCCUGGUUUGUGUAGCUUUUUAGAAAUAUUUACAGUUCUCCUGUUUCAUUCUUCCCUAAGUGUCUCAUAAUUGAGUUCUCUUGAUUUUUUUUUUUUGUUUUUUGAAGAAAUUAGGGUAAAAUUUGUUACGGUGAAUGGUCUUCUGAUAUGGUGCUGGAUUACUGUUUGUUUCUUAACUGCCAUUAUCACCACCUCUUUGAGACUUCGUCAUGGCUCUAGUUGCUUGUGUCGUAGAGUGAGUGACUUGCUUCCUACUAUUGUUUACCAUUUUCGUAGCUUAGAUUGCAUACGGUGUUCUUUAAGAUAUGAAGCUGGUUCUUUCUCCUCUCCUUUACCUUUUUUGUGGGCGUUCCGCUUGAUGAUUCUGGUUCUAGGCUACUUAAUCAUAACUUUCAAACUAGUUGUUGAAGCAUUUGGGAUGGCAGAUCAUGGGGUUUUUGGUUCAACCUGGAGAUGUUUUUCCACUCUAGCUCAUUGGAUCUGUAACAUAUUACCAAGAGAUAACAAGCACUCAGUGAGGCAUAUGACUGUGACAUUUUGUGUUUUGAGAUUUUGAAUUCUUUUGAUUGGCAGGGACUGUGACAUUUUGGGAAUCCGUCCAUUAAAUUUCAUGAGGUAAGGAACCGUCAUCUGGUUGAAGCAAGGAAUUCUCAGUACUUGACUGGAAUGGGGGAUCAUAUAGAUAUUAGUUCCGACAGUGACUUUGAGUUGGAUGAGGAUGAUAACUACGGUGGUGGAUCACUGAUAGAGGGGCCUACUAAUACCCGUACUCUUCCGCAAUGGGCGACAAGCUCAAGUCGUGCAGGUUCUAUCAGUAGGAAUCACAAUGCUCCGUCAAGUUCAUAUGCUUCUAAUGGUGGGUCAUCAAACCUAAAUAAACUUCGGAUCAGCAGUUAUGGAGAUGAUACAAGAACUUCAAACCAGAUUGCCCUCCAUCCAGAUUAUAAUGGCAAUGACAGUUCAGGUCACGCGAGAGCUGUCAACUCAAGGAUUGCUAAUGUUUCUGGUGCAGAGUACGAGAAGCUUUCGUCCCAACAAGCUUUGAGGCGGACCCUUCCUACGUCUCUAGAUGGAGCUGGGCCUAGUAACAAAAUGAACAGGUUAACUGAUGGUGCAGGUAGCAGCCAGACCCAUCGUCCACAUCGAAAUAUGUACAAUCCCUCAGGAUCAGGUUUUGGUAACAACCUGGAUUCCACGCGGGAUCGUUCCAUCCAGGCCAAUGAUGAAGAUGUUGUAAUGUAUGAAAAGAAUGGAACAAGGGUUUUACCUCAGUCAUGGACGCAUGGGAAGUCCCAUAUGCCUGGACCAUCGGCCAGUUCAAACGAUUAUGCAUACCAUUCUAUGGCAGGCGAUGAACCUGUGUGUGAUGAGAGACUGAUUUAUCAAGCAGCAUUGCAGGGUCUUAAUCAACCAAAAUAUGAGGCCAACUUGCCUGAAGGCUUAUUGUCUGUGCCUCUUCUGAGACACCAGAAAAUUGCAUUGGCAUGGAUGCUUCAGAGGGAGACAAGAAGUUUACAUUGUUUAGGUGGAAUUUUAGCUGAUGAUCAGGGUCUCGGGAAAACCAUAUCAAUGAUUGCCCUUAUACAAAUGCAGAAGGCUCUUGAAUUGAAAUCUAAGUCAGAAGAUCAAAGUACUAAAAAGACUGAAGCAUUGAAUUUGGACGAGGAUGAUGAUGGCAGCAAUCACGUUUCUGAUAAAGGCAAGCAGACUGUUGAAAGUAACAGUAUAAAAACAACAGAACAAGUCGGUACUUCUUCAAAGCCCCUUAACAGACAGAGACUAGCAGCUGGUACAUUGGUUGUCUGCCCAGCGAGUGUUCUCCGCCAGUGGGCGAGGGAGUUGGAUGAAAAAGUUGCAGAUGAGUCUAAACUCACUGUCUUGAUAUAUCAUGGAGGCACUAGAACAAGGGAUCCUGCAGUAUUGGCAAAGUAUGAUGUUGUAAUGACAACAUAUGCCAUAGUAACUAAUGAAGUUCCCAAACAACCUAUGGUGAAUGAGGAUGAGCUUGAUAAUAAAACUGCAGAGAGAAGUGGUGUAUCUUCCGAAUUUUCAGUUGAUAAGAAGAGGAAAAAGCAGCUUGGUGCUAACAAGAAGAAAAAGAAGGGCAGGAAGGGAGCGGAUAGUUCCCCUUUCGAUUACGAUUGCGGUCCACUUGCAAGGGUGAAUUGGUGUAGGGUGAUUCUUGAUGAAGCUCAAACAAUAAAAAAUCAUCGAACUCAAGUUGCCAGAGCUUGCUGCAGCCUUCGUGCCAAAAGGAGAUGGUGCCUAUCAGGGACACCUAUACAGAAUGUGAUUGAUGAUUUGUACAGCUAUUUCAGGUUUCUCAGAUAUGAACCCUACUCAGUGUAUAAGUCGUUUUACAGUGCCAUAAAGCUCCCAUUAUCAAGAAAUUCAAUUCAAGGUUACAAGAAAUUGCGAGCUGUUUUAGCAGCUGUAAUGCUGAGACGUACUAAAGGGACAUUGAUAAAUGGGGAGCCUAUCAUCAAAUUGCCUCCAAAAUCAAUCGGUUUGAAGAAGGUGAAGUUCUCAGAUGAGGAGCGAGCUUUCUACGACCGGCUAGAAACUGAUUCUCGUUCUAAGUUCAAGGCUUAUGCUGCUGCCGGCACUGUUAGUCAAAACUAUGCAAAUAUUCUGUUGAUGCUUUUACGCCUUCGACAGGCUUGUGACCACCCGCUUCUUGUCAAAGGUUUCAAUUCUGCCUCUGUACAGAAAGUUUCCGUGGAGAUGGCAAAGAGACUUCCAAAAGACAUGGUGCGUGAUCUAUUGGCCAUAGUGACUUCUGACAUGGCCAUUUGCCGUGUCUGCAAUGAUCCACCGGAGGACGCUGUUAUUACAAUGUGUGGUCAUGUUUUCUGCUAUGAGUGUGUAUCUAAUUACCUGACUGGGGAUGAUAACACCUGUCCUGGUCUUAACUGCAAAGAGCAGCUUGGUUCUGAUAUUGUCUUCUCAGACGCUACUCUGAGAAGCAUAUAUAAUAAUAAAGAUGCUGGUGCUCGUCCUAAGCUCAGUAAUCAGAUCACUGAGAAUGAUUAUAGCUCUUCAAAAAUCAAAGCUGUUCUUGCCAUUCUUAAGUCACAUACUGGGAUGGAUGGACCAGAUGAUGUGGAUUGCUCAGUUGUGAGCUCGGUUCCCAAAGGACCUAUAAAGACAAUAAUUUUUUCACAAUGGACCGGCAUGUUGGACUUGGUCGAGAUGGCACUCAAUCAGAGCUGCUUACAGUAUAGGAGGCUUGAUGGGACAAUGAAUUUAAAUGUGAGAGACCGUGCUGUUAAAGAUUUCAAUACUGAUCCUGAGGUAACAGUGAUGCUAAUGUCGCUUAAGGCAGGGAAUCUGGGUUUAAAUAUGGUUGCUGCAUGUCACGUUAUCCUUCUGGACCUUUGGUGGAACCCCAGCACUGAAGAUCAGGCAAUUGACAGAGCACAUAGAAUUGGACAAACUCGGCCGGUUACUGUGACCCGGCUUACCAUUGAAGACACAGUGGAGGAUAAGAUUCUAGCUUUGCAGGAUGAGAAGCGGAAAAUGGUUUCGUCUGCCUUUGGGGAGGACCAAGGUGGGGGAACAGCUACAAAGCUUACCGUGGAAGAUCUGAGGUUUCUAUUUAUGGACCGGGAUGCUGUCCGCUGAUGAAACUAGGUUACCGGAGGAGUCUCUAUGUUUUCGUAAUAGUAACUCGAAAAGAAUGCACAGAGAGGAAGUCAAUAGCUGCUAUUUAGUGAAGUCAGUCGGUCCAGGCUUUUUUCAUUAGAACCAUAUUAUGGCAUUGCAGAGCUGGACAGGCAAUUUUUGGUCUCAUCAAAGUGCAGACUGGGCAGCAGAGCCCUUGCGGUGAGGACAUUGUACAUAUUGCUAAUCAUGUGCGCCUAGUGUAUAUCAAGAAGGGUAGUUGUAGCUCUAUAGGGUAGCACAGUAAAUGAUGAUAUGGUAGUAAGUUGCUGGUACAACGACUGCUUGAGCGUCAAGCUGCACGCGUUCCAUGUUUCAUCUGGGUUUCGCGGAUAGAAUGUUUGCCCCCCCGAGACGAACCGAAGCGGAUAGAAUGUUUGCCCCCCCCGAGACGAACCGAAUGCAAGUUAGCUUCGGUGAUUAAGGGCUUGAAAAUCGGAUCAUGCUCUACUGUUCCACGGUAUGUUUGUUCUGUGUCAUUUUCAUUUUAUGUAGGGUACAAUCCUUCAAAAGGAAAAGGGGAAAAGCAGCAAGGCUGGGGAGUUUCCCUUAUAAUUCAUUGAUUUGUACUGUUGAUGGAUGCGAGUGUCAUCCGUCCACAAUUGCGGGCGUCUGUUGUCUGUACGGGGUUAGGGGCCUCGGGUAGGGCGCAGAAUGAGUAGGGAGAAAGCGAGGCUAAUUGAAUUUCUUUCUUGCAUGCACGAGAAAACCUGUGGCAUGGGUAGAAUGGACAACGGUUGGCUUUAUCGUGGGCUCCAAUUGACUACGGGAGCAACUGCAGGCUGCAGCCUUUCAGAAAGAGUCAAGUCAUCAGUCCCAGAGCGUAGUCUUUCAAACGGAACAAGGGAUAUAGAUCCUACCUCAUACUACGGUCAGGCAGCUUCACGGGCGAGGUCUCUGGUUCAAGUCCAGGAUGGCCCAGCUGGGCCAAAGAAAAGAAUAGAAGAAGCAUCUGACUCCUUCAUGCAUGUUCCACUUGGCUAGGGGGAUAUAGCUCAGUUGGUAAAGCUCCGCUCUUACAAUUGGGUCGUUGCGAUUACGGGUUGGAUGUCUAAUUGUCCAGGUGGUAAUGAUAGUUUCUUGUACCUGAACCGUUGGCUCACUUUUUCUAAGUAAUGGGGGCGGGCUUACUUUCCUCUGCUCUUACUCCCGCACUCGGGAAAAGAGGAGCUACUGACACUGACUACUCUCUGCUAUCUUUUACAUUACGCCAUUAAGGAAGCAAACUCUUAGUAUCGGAUUUAGAGCUGUGGUUCGGCUACAAAUGCCAAAACAAAAACGACUUCAGUCUAAUGCGCCUACCCUGGGUCACGAGCUGCCUUAAGGCAUGCCCUUACCCCUAAUCCUAAGCCCUUACUCCACCACGAACAGUACCAGUACUGACAAGCAGUACAUAACAAACAAUCUCGGCAGGG